AGCUCAAAACAAUAAAAGUAAUAUUAUUAUUCCCAUAAUUAUAAUGAACGAAAACAGAGUAAAUUCUGAGCAAGAGCUCCUGGUAGCCAUAAAAGAUCUGCUCAAGAAAAGUGGCCAUUUGAAUAAAUUACAGGCUGAGAUGCGUGCCAAAGUGACUGAAGUACUCCAAGAAAGGCAAUUCUCGAUAAAUGCCGGAGAAAGGAAAACCCUGAUACCCGCUCCAACUGACGAAGUCCUUCUAGUGAACGAACUGGUGCGGGAAUACCUUGAAUGGAACGGGUACUUGUAUACAGCAUCAGUGAUGACAUCAGAGGCAGCUAUGGCGAAGGAUAAAAGAACAAGGGCGGAUCUCUGUGCGGAGGUUGGUGUGAGAGAUGAUGAGAAGUCAUCAUCACUGCCGCUUCUGUCAAAUAUUGUGGCUGCGUACACUGAGAGGAUUAAACGCAAAAUUAAUAAGAGCAAGAAGGAUGCUUGUUAG